CAAAAGAUUGAGUCAAGUCUACAAUCUACAGUAUAUAGAUGGUAUUUGUUGUUUUGAGAAUAACAACUAUAGAUUUUAAUACAAAGACUAAGUCCAGUCAGUGGAGAGGCAGGCGACCUUGUUCGUGGUUCCAGACACACAGGCCACCAGCCCUCCUUCUUUCUACGAGCCUCGUUGUGCCCCUCUUCUCCCCGUGAAGAUGGCACCCUCCCUGGCCACAGCCUUCUCCAGGCGCUGGUGGAUGGCUGUGACUGCGGUCAUAGAGAACCUGCUGUUCUCUGCUGUGCUGCUGGGCUGGGGCUCCCUGCUCAUCAUGCUCAAGUCUGAAGGCUUCUACUCCUACCUCUGCAGAGAACCUGGUAACAGCACCAGUCAGAACCAGUCUGAGACAGUCCAGGUUGGGGAUGCGGAGGGGAUCACCCAGAGUCCCGUGGUGGAGGAGGAUUACCUCCAGAUGAACGGCUGGCCCAUCUGUAAGGACCAGGAUGAGAUGCUGAACUUGGCCUUCACCGUGGGCUCCUUCCUCCUCAGUGCCAUCACCCUGCCCCUGGGCAUUGUCAUGGACAAGUAUGGCCCACGCAAGCUCCGGCUGCUCGGCAGUACCUGCUUUGCUUUCUCCUGUAUCCUGAUCGCUUAUGGAUCGAGCGACCCCAAGAAUCUGUCCAUCCUCAUAUUCUUUGCUCUGGCACUGAACGGGUUCGGAGGAAUGUGCAUGACCUUUACUUCCCUCACGCUGCCCAAUAUGUUUGGUGAUCUUCGUUCCACCUUCAUCGCUCUCAUGAUUGGAUCGUAUGCAUCCUCUGCUGUCACCUUCCCUGGGAUCAAGGUGAUCUAUGACCUAGGAGCCACCUUCAUCACCAUCCUGCUGGUGUGGGCUGCCUGCGCUGGCCUCGUCUUCAUCAACUGCUUCUUCAACUGGCCCCUGGAGCCCUUCCCUGGACCUGAGGAUAUGGACUACACUGUGAAGAUCAAGUUCAGCUGGCUGGGCUUUGACCAUAAGAUCACUGGAAAGCAGUUCUACCGCCAGGUGACCACGGUGGGGAGACGACUCAGCGUGGGGAACAGCAUGAAGCAAAACCCCAAGGAGCUGUCCCAACAGGAGGGCAACAAGCUGUGUCUCUCCACCGUUGACCUGGAGGUCCAGUGCAAGUCCCAGGAGGAAUCCCAGUCCUUCAUGAAGAGUGUCCUGAGUCCUAUCUUCAUGCUCAGCCUGAUCACCAUGUGUGUCACCCAGCUGAGACUUAUCUUCUACAUGGGAGCCAUGAACAACAUCCUCGAGUCGCUGUCCGACAGAGACUUGAGCACAGUGAGUGUGUACACCUCCAUUUUCGGAGUGCUGCAGCUGCUGUGUCUGAUGACCGCUCCAGUGAUCGGGUACAUCAUGGACUGGAAACUCAAAGAGUGCGAGGAUGAGAACGCGAAGCCGGGCAAAAGAGAUCUUACCCAGCCCAAGCGUCGUGACAGACAGAUCCAGAAAAUCACCAACGCCACACGGGCCUUCAUCUUCACCAACCUGUUACUGAUGAGCUUCGGGGUCACCUGCCUCGUCCCCAGCCUCCCUCUCCAGAUUCUAUCGUUUAUUCUGCACACCAUUGUGAGAGGAUUCAUCCACUCUGCGGUUGGAGGGCUCUAUGCUGCUGUGUACCCGUCGUCUCAGUUUGGCAGUCUGACAGGCAUGCAGUCCCUCAUCAGCGCCCUGUUUGCCCUGCUGCAGCAGCCCCUCUUCAUGGCCAUGAUGGGCCCCCUGAAGGGAGACCCCCUAUGGAUCAACGUGGGCCUGCUGGGGCUGACGGUGCUGGGCUUCUGCCUGCCUCUCUACCUGCUCUGCUACAGCCGCCAGCUCCGACGCCAGAAGCAGGAGCGCGAGGAGGACCCCAAGAUCUACGUCCAGAUCAACAACGGCAGCAAGCCCGAGGCCUUCGUCUAGAGAGACAGACUGACGGACGGGGAUUUGUUUCAACAACGAGAAGGAGGAACGGAGAGUGUGAGGAGGGGAGAGGUCACAGGUGUGACGAAUCGCAACCUCACCCACUAACUCCGGUCCCUCUAACCGUCUGCACUUGCACUCAGACGAUACUCUCUCACACUCUCUCUCUCUCUCUCUCUCUCUCUCUCUCGCUCUCUCACACACACACACACACACCACGCCCACUGCCAAACACUGCCAAACCUACAGUAUAUGUUCACAAAUCUCAGAGAACUACUAUGAUAAACACACACACUUUUACACUCCCCAGAACAUCAUUGACUACAUACACUGUGAAAGACACGCAACAACACACACGUUGUGAAACCUCUUCAACACACACGUUGGGAAACCUCUUCAACACACACAUACACGGUUCCUUUUCCAGGGACACACCACCAAAUGGACAUUGUUCAUCUUCUCACCACUGAAAUGAGAAAGGACAACCGCGGGUCUGUGAACUGAGGAGAAAGGAGAGAAGAAGAGGCUGGAGGAUCUCCACGACUUUCUCCUCCCUUCCAGUCUCCUCUUUGUUUCAGUGCUCUAUCAUUUUUUUUAUUUCAUUUUUUUGUCAAUGAUGCCAUGCUCACUCCUGCCUGUCAGUGCAAAAAGAGGACACUGAUUCUCCGGUCACCCUGCGAAAAGAACUAGAGAGGAAGCAAGCGUUCAACGCCAUGUCAAAGACCUCCAGUGCUGGAUGUGGUGACUUGAACCAGAUGACGUCCUCCUCCUCACAAUUAUAAUACCCCACCACCAGUGUUUUUACAUGUGUUUUCAAUGAUGCCAGUAACGACGACGAGUAUCGCCUCACUUUCUAAUUCUGAUCCAAGUUAGUCUCACACCGUCUCGUACUGCACUGGGGGUCUUCUACUUCACACCCUGAGAACUGGUUUAAUGAUUAGGACGUUGUUGAAACGUUAUCGAAACGUUUAUUGGCGAUAGGUCUGUAUUUUUCUCUGUGGUUGUUACAUGUCAAUGCUUCUCUGUUGUCACAAGUAGUUUGGACUGGAGGUAGAAGUGAAACAGGUUGUAUAGAAGUUCCAGUACUCCAAAUGGUGCUAAGAGUUCAUCCUGCCAUAACGUUCCCAUUUGGUUUUGUAACGUUCCCAUAACGUUCUGUAAUGUUGGGGAUAGUCAUUGUAAAUGAAUUGGUAAGAAUGGAACCUCAUGCAACCUUUAGAAGCUAGUCGAUGUAACCUUCUCAUCUAGCGAGUGUUCCUUCCAGUGUCUCAAAGAACAAACCUUGUGACUCGGUCUUUUAGUUUUUUUGUUGAAGAUAACAGAGGCGUGGAGUGUUUGGAGCUGUCGUUUUAAGACUGUUUCAAACAGCUCUAGGAGACUAGAAAGCAAAGGCAUGUUUUUUGUAACACUCAGCACUCUAGGUGCCUGAGGCAAUAGCUUUGCUUUGAGUCAAUUUGAGCUGAGAGUAAGUGAUUAGGCCAAUGGGUUUCCAGUGUGCAGGCCAGCGUUUUACUUCUAGUAAAUACUAUGUGGCUGUGCUUCAAACAAAGCAUGGCAUAGGUUGAAACAAGCCUCUUACCGGUAAUAAUGUGCCACAACAACAUAAGGUACAGCACAGCUGUAGAAAAAAAGGGUUCCUAAAGGGUUCUUCGGCUGUCCCCAUAAGAGAACCGUUUUUGGUUCCAGGUAGAACCCUUUUGGACAUCCGAAUAACUGUUUUAGGUUCUAGAUAACACGUUUUUUUUCCUAAGAGUGUAGGCUAUGUUAUCAAGCACCAAUGCAUGGUCCUAUAUCACUCUCACUGGAUACACUGACAGGACCACUGACUGGUCUUGUCUUGGCAGUCCGUUUUGUCGUGCAAAAAUAAUUUCUUAUUGACUUGGUGUGUUUUCUUUUUAUUUGUGAUGACCAGAUUUUGUUUUUGUCAGGAGAUCUGGUUUUUAAAAAGUAAUACGUUUUACCAACUGCAUUUUACCUGCAAUAUGAUACUGACAUACUGUUCAAGCUUUUGUUCUGUUUCAAGACAAAUGUGAUUUAGUACAAAUGGUUUUACGAGAAAUGGUUUAAGAUAGAUAGGAGAUGUGUGGCUUAAGGUGAACUGUGGUUGCUAUGGGCCUAUACCUGCCACGGUUCUACAGUACCUGAAUUACAUGGAUGAAUUUCAAUUCUGAUUCGCUGUAGCAAUACGUACUUAUGUGAGUUGCUGAGCAAUUCUCUACUCUUCCCGGCAACACAUAACUCUGUGAACAAACACUGUUGUCCAAGCACACACACAUACACACACACAGUGCAAGAAUGUGGAUUGAUAUAAUGUAAUGUUUAUUACAAAGGUGCUUCUCAAUGACAGGAACAUGGACUCAUAUUUUUCUUGAUGUACUGGUCAGGUAGUGACCAUCUAGUUCCUGCAUCUAUCAAUGGUCUCACUUACAAAGCCUCACUUUGUAGCGACAAAUUACUUGAAUUAUCGAAUUCCAACUUGAACUUUGAUUCACUUUUCAAAUCAAAAAGGGAGACGGAGAGAUGCUUGAAUAUGAUAUCUGAUUCUAAAUCCACACUCUUGCAGCUGUUGUGAAUGUUGUGAUCGUGGGACCCAGGUGGGCGGGCAGGCAGGUCAUGAUAGGACGUUAUGUUCUUGAAUGAUCUGUUGCAGGUAACAGACACCGGAGAGAGAGAGUGUGAGAACUUGAUUGAUGUAGCUCUACGUCCGCAGAUGCAGUAUUUAGACUGGACGGGACACCUGCUUUUCCUCAGUCACUCACAGAAGCACUUCCAAAGACUAUGUAACUAGCAGAUUGCCUCUCUAUGUGCAGAUGAUUUGAGACGCGGAUACGGCAAGUUGGUGCCCCGCCCUCUCUCAUCAUGACCCGUCACAUUGAUCCAUCCAUGUCCAAACCACUAUCCUGAACUGUUGCACUGACAGACCUGUUUCUCCACUGCAGUCUCACCCAAACACAACCACCCACCCAAGAGAUCCUUCACAUACUGGCGAUGGAACUGAGAGACAAUGCUAGAAUCCCCAAAAGCUUCGAGAAUGAAAUAAGUGACAACUGAAUGGCACAUAUGCACCUUAGUCCUCGUAUCAGGAUCUCAAUGCUAUUUUACUGAAUGGCCUGCAUUGAAAUAUAACAUAGACAGUGCACCUCUUGCUGGUUCUGCAUGUUAGCAUAGAAUGUAUUCCCAGUAGUAUUUUUUAUUCAUAGAGUAAUGACAUCGGAACUGCAAGAAACUGUUAUUUUUGUUACUUACCGCGGGUGGUCUUAGUCUCUCCUCUUGUGUGCACCGUCCAGUAGGUCCCUGUCCCUCAAUAUAGAAUGGCUCCUUGCUACUGACUGCUGUUUAGGCCUGUCUCUUUGGAUUUCUCGAUUUCAAGGAUCUACACACACACACACACACACACACACACACACACUCUGAUAGAGAAACAGGUCUAGACAUCCUCACUUUGAACAUCACUCUACUUGUCGUUUACAUGAAUUUAUUUUGCGAAAAGAGAAAAAGCAUGUAUAGCCUUAUAGACUGGUUCUCGUGGCUUGAACAUGUGACUAGAGAUUGCAGGUGGAUUCUGAUAAUGAUGCUAUACUGUACUCCAGCACAAUGAAUGUGGGACUGGGAUGAUUUUCAUUCCCUCAGUAUGGGAGAAUCAGCACUUUUUACACUGCCAUACCUUAAACUGUCAUUCUACUCAAAAUGCCAUCACCGUAGUUCUUUUCUAGAUCUGACAUACUUUUACUACUAUCCCCUUCCCUGGGAUGUAAAGUGUGAUUGAUUGACUGGCUAUUCUCUGAUGAUGAAAAACAAGCAGUGUUUUUUUGGAUAGAGUGUUUUAAUGGUUUGUGUGUCACUUUUAGACAUUGAGCGGGAACUUCAGCUGAAACACCAAUGCUUUUCCCUGACUUGUACCUUAUUUUUUUACAUUCUCCUUUUUGGUGUUUGUUUCAAUAUUUCAUGUCUAUAUACUGUAUAUUGGAUCUCAAGUUUUUGUCUUAUAUCACAUUAUAGCCAUUGUUAUUGACAUUUUGAGUCGUUGUCUAAAUGAGAAAAAAAUCUAUAUAUGAAAAACAUAAACAGAUUAAUUUGUAAAAUAA